AUGCCAUUGAAAGAACAAUUAGAAAGUAUAUUAGAAAGAAGAAAAAAACGUGACCUCUGUCGUUAUCUAGUGGUUGCGUCGCCUUCAUCGGCCGAUUUUUCAUCUAAUGAUUUUCUUGGGCUUUCAAGAAAUAAGAUUUUAAAUGAUAAAUAUUUAAAUACUCUUAUCACAUUUCCUCAUUCAAUUCUUGGUUCAACAGGUUCACGACUUUUGGAUGGAAAUUCAUCGUAUGCUGAAUCAUUAGACACAUUUCUUGCUGAAUUUCAUAAUGCAGAAAGCGCAUUAAUGUUUACAUCUGGUUUUGACGCGAAUGUAGGAUUUUUUAGUAGUGUCCCACAACCGGGAGAUGCAAUUAUUAUAGAUGAGUUCGUGCACGCAAGUGUACAUGAUGGUGUGAGGGCUUCUAGAGCAUCAUUAGUUACAAGUUUCAAACAUAAUGACAUCGAAAAUCUUAAAUUGGUUUUAGAGAAUGUUAUAAGAAAAAUUGGUACAAAAAGUAAUAUCUUUGUGGCUGUGGAAAGCUUAUAUUCAAUGGAUGGUGAUUUUUCUCCUCUAAAGGAAAUUGUUGAAACCUUAAAUCCAUUUAAUGCAUACUUAUUCGUUGAUGAGGCAGGUAUUGAUCUAAAAAAUAAUUACAAAAUGAGUGUUGCCAAAAAAAAAACUCGUCAGAUCUAG